UGAGACAGAGUGUCGCUCGAGGUACGUUGCAGGAGUACGAUCGCAUGCCUGCCAUGAUAUCUAGAUCCCGAACCUAGUGCCCGCCAUCCGGGAGACAAUGGCUCAGAUGCCUGAGCACUCCAGAAUUUUACUGCAGAACCCACGUACUGGUGAAAUAGAACGCGACCCUGCGCCGCGGUCACUUUGGUACAAUAGCCGACUGCCAGACCUGUUCAAGUACAGCUUCCUUAUCCACAUCAGCGACGUUCCAUUGGACAUCCUCGAGACAGUGAUAUGGGCAUUAGAGAUGUUCAUCGAUGUUUUCACGGAAUGCACGGACAACCAGUUACUUGCCUUCGGUCAUAUAUUCAAAGCCGAGGACAGCGCGCUUGACGUUCAUGGGCGGGUUAUUCCACAGACUAGUGCUCUAGUGAGUGAUGGCAGACUGAUCCUACGUCUGCAGGCGAAGGCAAAGGCCACGUUGUUCCUGUUGAAGCCGGAAAUCAACCGCCCAGGUGAUGCUGCGAAAUACCUGCAGGAAGUCGUCGAACACAUAUGCUCUCGCCAUGGUCCUACGGCCGGAGACAUCUUCAAAGCGCAGCAUGAUCUCUUCAUGAUCUAUGCGGAAUCUUUGACACGGAGCGGCGAGGAUGAUGCGAUCGCGGAGACGUUGUUGGAGCGGCUCGCCGACUCAGACACACGCACUCAAGAUACCUCUGGUUUGGACGAACUUAUCACAGCAAAGGUGUACUUUUCGCGUGUUCUGCGGCGACGCGGGAAAGGAGGGAGGGCAAAGGAACAGGAGAAGUGGCUCGUCAAAUGGUUCCGCAAGAACCCGCACAUGCUAUCUGAUGAGACCCUUUGGGAGCUUCUUAUUCCAACUGGUGAAACAACAAGUCCAAUCCUGGAAGCCCUCGGCGGGCCAUCCUGGCUAACGGGACGCGAGCAUACGGACAAGACGGAUCAUCGUUUGAUCAAGAAAUGCAGGUACUGCUUUGCUCGAGAACCAAUGGUGAAGUUGUUCGUGUGCUCCAAGUGCAAGAAAAUAUACUAUUGCUCCAAAGAGUGCCAGAAGAAGGAGUGGCCGCUGCACAAGGAUAGCUGUAGAGAUUUUGUGACAGUCAACCAACGAAUCGAGAAGCUGUCCCUAAUGGAUACAUCUGCCGCACAGAGGGAGAAAGACUGGGUUGCCUGGCGCGAUUCAGUGGAUCAUUGGCCCUACAUCAGUGCGUUACGACUGCACGAAGACCCCGGUCGGGCACGCACGCACCUCGUAGUCGAACAGUCGGUAUACACUCCCAACGCGGGGUCAUUGGCAAAGAAUAAGUUUCAAAUCGUCAAGUGCGCAGUGUUUCGCAUGUUGGACGCUUACACCGAGAUUGAGCGCAUCAUGGGGCUCGAUCGCGGCGAGGGAGUUGAGUAUUGUGACGGCCUGCUGCAAGAACCGGAACGGACCCAAACCGGGUUAACAUUCAUCCCAUUCCUCACCUUGCGAUACCACGAAGGCUUCGCGUCGGCAUGGCUUAACUGUGAUGAGAUAGACACCCGCAAACUUGAAUCCGGCACAUACAACCGUAACUGGCGCAAAAACAUCAACGGAAACAGGCCCCCUACACAGCUUGUUCUGCGCGAUGAUAUCGAGGAUGCAGAGUUCGAUUGAAUCAGAGCAUCCGCGGUGUGAUGUGGGCUUGCCGCUUGACAGCAAACGUACUACGAAUCGGAGUCCGAUCACUGUACCGACAUCAGGAACUUAACUGUGCGGACAUAUUAUA